GGCACGCAACUGCACCGGGAGAGAAAAGCGCCGCUUGGAAGGUCGGAGGCGCGAUCGAGCCAGGCCGGAAGCGACCCAGUCCCCGCUGCAUCCCGACUCCGAGGCUCUCAUGGACAUACCGGAGCCGCUCGGCCGGCCUACCUGCAUCUGACCGUUUCACGGCGACUUUCAAUGGGCGUCGCACUGUUUCCUGCUGCCUCACUUCCAGUGAUUUGUGCGGUUUUAAUUCAUUCGUAUGCAUCAAUUUAACAUGCCAAAAAGAUGAUCCGGAGCGACGUUUUCGGCUCCACGAGCUUCGCGACCGACUGAAUGCAACACACAGAUCCGCAGGAGAGGAUUAUUAUAUGGGCUGCGUUUGAUUCUUUUCACCGGGCCCCAUCCGGAUUGCGGAUUACUGGACAUUGUCGGGAAUGGAAGGACGGGACUUCGCGGCUCCGGCUCACCUCCUCACGGAGCGGGGCGCCUUGGUGCACCGAGCCACCUCCCGGAUCGCCCCCUCCGGCCACAGCUCCGUGCAGCACACCGGUCACUUCCCCGCGGGGAAGUACUACCCGUCACACAUACCGAUGGCUCCACACUCAGGCAGUGGAUUGAUGGGAAAUUCCUCCGCCUCCUUCAUGGGGACCUUUCUGGCCAGCAGUCUAGGCUCACCCCCUUCCCACCCGUCUCACCAUUCCCGGCCGCCCUCCUCGCCUUCCUCUCCCUCCUUCCGGGGCGGACCCCAUUCCAGCGCAUCGCAAAUCUGGUUCUCCCAUUCGCAUGAAGCCGCUGCAGGGUAUCCUCGAUUCUCAGGGAGUCUGGCACACACUUUUCUUCCUAUGAGCCACUUGGAUCACCAUGCCAACGGCGGAGUUCUCUAUGGCCAACACCGUUUCUAUGACACUCAAAAAGAGAACUUCUACAUUCGAGGUCUACCAUCACAGCCACCUCUCAUCUCAGCUAAUCACAGUCUGCCACCGAUGUCCAGGGCAGGCUCGGGACUCUCCCAGGGGCCUUGCAGCAGAGAAAGAGAUCCAGGUGGCGGCGCGAGUCUGCUUAAGAGUCUUAAAGAGGGAACUGUGGAGAGGGGAGUGGGACCUGUCAAAGACAAGGAGAGGUCGAAUAGCAAACAGGAGGCAAAGGAAAGACAGCAACAGCAACACCAACAGCAGCAGCAGCCACAGCAACACAGCCACCAGUCUGCCCUACCCACACACCACCAUCACCACCAUUCCCACGCCCAUCAGCAGCACCCGCACUAUCCCCAACAUCCGCUGCCUCUGGAGGAGGUCAACAGCCGGGCCCUGGAGAGGCAUAAGGCGUCACUCCCAAUGGAAUACAGCAAGGACCCACAAAUUAUGGGCAAGCCGUUGAGCGCUUGCUUGCACAAUGGCAAGAUGCAAAAUGGAGAGACUGGAAAUGUAGCUGGACCAAAGACGUCCAUUUCCAGCUGUGGAGGGGAGGGCACACCCUUGGGAACUAUGGGAGGUGGAGGGAACAGUCAUGGCAGACAUAUGAGCUCGAGUGGGAAUAGCCGCUGCACCAAAGAAGGGAUAAGUGGGGAGAUGCGGAUUAGUGAACGACCUUCAGACUGCCUAGAAAGGGGCCAGGCACCACUCCACCACUCUUUGUCUUACCCUGUACCGCCUCCCUUACAAUUGGGUUCGACUGGAGGGGUGCAUUCCCAUCCACACCCGCACACUCACCCACAUACACAUGCACACCCAGGAGGCUUCCACUGUCUUCAGCUUCACCCGAGUCACCCGCACCAUCCACAUCCUUCCCACCAUGCUCACCACCACCCGGAAUUUUUCUGUCCACCCCCUCCUGCCGCACUAGGUAACACUGCCUCACAUGACAGGGGGCAAACAAAUGCAGGGCGGGAACCUAAAGUCACAGGGCCUACCUUUGUGCCAUCUGUGGCAGAUGCAGGGGAGAAACAUGGUGGGACAUUCCAACUUGGGAAUACCGAUUGCCAGAUUGUAGGCAGUGGAGGCGGAAAUACCAAGGACAAAAACAUGGACAAAAAUGCAGGUGGUGGACACCACAGUAGUUGGCAUAGAAAGCAACAGCAACAACAGCAGCAACAACAGCAACAGCACGCAUACAGAAAGACAGAGAAGGCUCCAGACUGGAUGCAGUCUCACCAUCACCAUCUCCAAGCCUCUCAGCUUCCUCCGCCUAUUCAACAACAACCACAGCAACAACCUCCGCAACCCCAGAAGCAGCACCAGGUUGGACGUUCACGCAGUGUUGAGUGUGUUAACAGUGCUGUUGACAUGGAAAUGUUCAGAUCCUCAUUGCCCCAGGGACCCAAGACUGGACACCCUGUCCCGCAUUCUGUCAACACUUCACCAUACAGAGACUGUUCCCAUCCAGGACCGCCACCAAAUUCCUCUCCACUUGGAAACAAAAACAUGAGUCAGCAUAGCGCCUCUGGUGGCAGCUGCUCCUUACAGAGAGAUGGCCAAAAAGUAGCCAGGAUUCGCCACCAGCAGCAUGGACGACCUGGCCCGGAUGCUCCCACUUCGGGUGACCUCAACCAAGGGAUGGUUCAGGAGAUGAAACGAAAAAUGGACAUGUCGGCUUACGGUUACGGCGGCAACAGCGGGCAGCAGCACCACCAGCAGCCCACUGUGCCACAAUGGUCCAUGAGACCCACUCACCACAUGCCACACAAUGAGGAGGAACAGAGAAAGUCCUACAUGGAGUUAGGAAGCAGUACUAUGCAACAUUCACAGCAACAGCAGCAGAGAAUGAAUCAGCCUCCUCAGCCAACCCCUGCACCUCCAGUCAGUCAGCAACAGCAGCAGCCACAGCAACAACCUGAGCCCCAAGGCUCAACUCGGGGAGAGAGCAGUGCCAUGAAAAGCUUACUUAAGUAUAGCAACCAGCAACAACCACAGCUCCUCUCUCAGAAGACCCCCUUUGGCGGUCUUGGAAGCCUGAAAUCAGGGCCAGCUGGGGGAAGCUGUGCCCUUCAGAUUAACAAACAGACUCUACCAUCAAGGAAAGGCCCAGUCAAUGACAAUGAGCGUCCUGAUUACAGUGGACGACAUCGGGAUAUCGGGGAAGCUGGCCACGGAGAAGGCGAGGUGCGGCAACCGCCGGUUGGAAUUGCAGUAGCUGUGGCAAGACAAAGGGAACCUUCGUGUCGUUCAUCAGACGGUCAUUCCAGCAGCAGACAUGGCAGGGUGCAUCCCACCGUGAAAGGACCAGCUCACACCAUGUAUCCCUCAGAUCCAACUACUGAAGAGGAGAGGAAAAUGAUGAGUGGGGAACAGAUAGGGCUAACAUGUUUGGACAGAGAUCGGGAUGUAUAUAUCAGAGAUAAUAAGGAAAGGGUGGAGUUUUCAAGGAUUCAUCCCUCCAACAGCUGUCACGGGGACCUCACUUCUCAUCUUAUGGUCCCAGGCGGGACUUCCCUCCAAUCAGGCCAAUUAGCAGACCCUGCUGCACAUUCUGCUCACCACCAUUGGAUGCCAAGAACUGGAAGCCCAUCCCUUUGGAUGACAGGACACUCUUAUGCAGGUAUAGGUCAUACAGCCCUGCACCAGAAUCUUCCCCCUGGUUUCUCCACAGCCAUGCCAGGCCCUCUCCAAACGGUCCUGCCUCUGCCUCAGGAUCCCUCUGCCCAGUUGGUGGUCCUGCCCACGGAUGCCCCUGCCCAUCCUGCACCCCACCACCUCGAUGUGAUGGAACAGCCAGGGCUUUGGCCCCCAGUGUAUGGCGCCCGGGGCCCAGCCUCCCACAUGCAGCAUCCCACCGUGUACUCUCGAUCCCAGUUUCUACGGCAACAGGAGCUGUACGCUCUCCAGCAGCAUCAACAGCUCCAGCAUCAGCACCAAAGCCACCAGUCGCCGCAAACGCAUGCGCAGCCUCAUCCACCGCAACCGCAGCAGCAGCAGCAACAGCACAAAGGUGUUCACGGCAUGGAUAUGCAACAUCACGCCCCCCACAUUGCACAGAUGCAGAAAAGGGCAGAUGAAUCCACUGUUGACCUGGAGGAACUCAUUCCAAAACCAAGGACAUCAAAACCAUCCAAGCCCUACUCUUACAACCCCGCUCAAAGGAACACCUCGCCCCCUGGAGCCUGCACUGCUCACUUGUCCCCUUGUUGCCAGUCCCCUUCAAUGCGCCCACAUCCCAAAAGCACUCCCUCCACACCAUGCCCUGUUCCCAGCCCAGCUGUUACAACCCCUCAAUCUCCUACCAUUAGUACAGCCACGUCCCAGAUGCCCAAGGGGGCUGACCCCCAGGAUAAGCGAGGGGAGGGCCAGCCCCUGCAAGAUUACCCAGAAUCUUUGGAGCCGGACUUGCCUCCUGGAUACACAUACUCUGCUGUUACGAUAGGCUACAGAAACGGGCCUUCUCCCCAGGAUAUUCAGCUUGCAGAACCAGCCGAACUGGAAGCGAUCCAAUCUGAGCCCUGUGAGCAUGCCCCCCAGCCUCUCUCAAGCCUCGGGGAAGGGAUGGACUGCCAAGCGGUGAUCAGGCCUCUCCCAGAGCCACUGGCACCAAAGGAAGUGGAGCAGGGUGAUGAGGGGAGCGUCAACAAGGGAGUCCUGGACCAAAGGGAGGAGGUGGAGGCAGCAGCGGUUACAGUAGCUAACUAUGCAUCAAGGGAGAAUGAGGUGGAGACGCAGGGGGCCGCCGAGGAAGAGGUGCUUGUCUGCCCCCCUGCUGACAGCCCAGUGUGCGAGGCUGCUUCCUGUCCAUUGCCCCUGGGCAUGGAUGAACCUGAAAGGUCACAGACUGUCAUCACCUUGGAGGAUGAUGAUGAUGAGCCCCUGGGUGAGGAAAGCCAGGUGGAGCAUGCUAUGUCAGAAGAGCAGAAGCCAGUCCUGGGCACCAUCGUGGAGCUUAACCCUACACCUCCGGUAGCCCUUGAGGAGCAAUGCGCAUCCACGCAACUAAACGACAGCAAGCAGCAGCAGGGGAACAAGAUGGCCGCUGACAUCUCCUCAAUGGAAAUGGCAUGUCUUUCCCCUGCUGCGGUGUCCGCCCACAGCCCAAGCCAGACAACUGCUGCUGAAUCCCCAAAACCUCUUGUGCCCUGCUACUGGAGCCUUGAGCUGCUCAUCGCUGCAGCUUUCUGCACAGACGUACCCCCGUUUCCCUUGCUCCCUUUCAGCGCUCCGUCAGUCACCCCAUCUCAGACUAACCCAUGCCAGGGAAUGGAGCUUCUAAGUGAGGUGGCUGACCUGGAGCUACAACAGAAAAGGCACAGCAGUGGGGAAAGCCAAGCGGAGGAGUUGCUGAUGUUUGACCUCCAUAGCCUCGCAACUCUGGCGACAGCCCGAUCACUGGAGAUGAGUUCACAAGCGGACAACACUACAUGUUCAGGCCGACAAUUCCCAGCCCGCAGGACCUUCAACUUGCGGAGGAAAUGCAGCUGGACACCACGCAAUGAACCGGUGUGCCAAGCUAAAGGCAGCGUGGAAACGAUGGACGGUCCUGAGCUUGAGAUGCGUGUCAAGUUGGCCGAGCUUCAACGACACUACAAAGAAAAGCAAAGGGAGCUGGCUAAACUACAAAGGAAACACGAUCACCAAAAAGAGGAAACGCCACGUAGCCCAGCACGAAGAGGACCGGGACGACCCAGGAAGAAGAAACCCAUCCUUGCAACAAGCUCAGUCUCGUCUGAGGGCCAAAGAAAAGUCAAGCUGAUGGUGGCAGGACAUUCACUGACGCCUGAGGAACUAGGAGGGGGAGGAGACAGCCAGAGAAGAAAGAAGAGGCUGUCCAGUCGAGUCUUUGAACAACUUGGACACAGUACACAGCAGAUAAAAGCGCAAGGUGGCAAAAAAAGUGGUCCUCAAAGUGUAUUGGGCUCUAAGCUGGUCGCCGACAUGGCACAGCUCAAACAGAAGAGCCAGGGUAAAAAGACCCUCUCAGGGAUGCGCUACAGGGACAAAGAGGUUUCACCGUGCCACUCAAAGCAUGGACACAGAAGCCAGGGCAACAGACGAGAGUCUGGGGGACACAGCGACACAGCAGCAAGUGUGGACAGUGGUCCCCAGGAGAGCUGGCCUGGGGAGGUACACCGUGGAUCGAAGAAAGAGACACACGAUCCCACUCAUCACAGCAAGACCGCAGCGAGGGUUCACCGUGGACAAAGACGCGAGUCAUUGGGAGAAAGUUCAAAUCCAGAGAGUGACUCCUCAGAACAAGGAGAGGAGGAGGAGGAAGGCAGUCAAGAUAGCGAUGAAGGUCAAGACCUACGAGCACCACCACCCAGAGAUGUGACUUCGAGCUCCUCUGUGACAGGUCCAAGUCCUUCGUCCAUUGUAAAACUAGAGGCCAAUCAGAAAGCCAGGAACAAAAAACAGAGGCAGGAGCUUUAUGGCUCUCACAGUCUCUCUGGUGCAGAAGGAGAGGUCAAAGUACGAAAGAAGAACCCCAGUAGACUUAGCCCGGCCAGUGCGGUCAAAAUUCGUCAGGAGGACCACAAAACAGAGGGGGUGACCAGACCGUGCACACCGAGGUCCAAGGAGCCUCGGUGGGGAAGCCACAACAAAAGGGGCAACCGUUUUCGACGUAGCAUGGGGCUGCCUACCUUUCCAACAACGAGCGAGAGGUUAAAGAGGGCCACACGCAAGAGUACCGUCUUGAGAGGAACAAUUAACAAGCAGAGAAAUAGCUGGGUCCAGGUGUCAAAGAGUGAGGACAGCAGCAGGGGCAGAAGAGCCAAAGAGCAACAGGCAAAGGGUCGAGCGGUUAGUCGGCUGCUGGAAAGCUUUGCGGCUGAUGAGGGAUUUCAGAUGGAUGGUAGCAGCUUUUCGGAAGAGGAGGAGGAUGACAACAGCGAUUCAUGCAACAAGAACCCUGAGGUUCCGAAUUGCGUCUUGGCUAAAGAACUCUUAACGGACGGACUGAAGAUACUGGUCUCAAAGGAAGACGAGCUUCUUUAUGCUGCCAGGAUCCACACCAUGGAUUUCCCGGAUAUAUUCAGUGUUACGAUUGAUGGGGAGAGGGGAAACCGUGCAAAGAUCUAUUCAUUGGAGCAACUGCUUCGGGAAGCUGUUCUCGAUGUACGCCCAGAGUCAGAGGCCAUGCUAAAUGAUGGAACCAGGGUGUGCGCUUAUUGGAGUGAACGCUCACGCUGCUUGUACCCAGGCUAUGUUCGCAGAGCAGGGAUUUCAACCGAAGAGGCAAAGCCAGGAGUAAUGGUAGAGUUUGAUGACGGAGACCGAGGGAAGAUAUCAGUGCCAAACAUCCGCCUUCUGCCACCGGGAUAUCAAAUACAUUGUGAGGAGACACCUCCUGCUGUGUAUGUACCUAGUGGAAGUCAGGCCAAGAAAAGCCCCAGUUUCAAUUAUGUAUCCAGUGACAGACUCAACACUGUUAGUAUGGUCAAAAGCAAACAACCGCUAACCCUCCAAAAAAGAAGACCGGGGAGACCAAAGGGAUCUGGGAAAAAGCAAAAGCAACAACAGCUGGCUGAAAAUGCCAGUAAAAAUGCUUCUCUUUUUGUGGAAUGGCCUUCAUUGACCGGCUGCAGGAAGAGGACAUCCCAUAAUCUAUUUCAGUUUAAUGGGACACCGAGAAAGGCCUUGAGAUUGAGGGAGGAUGAUUCAUUUGCCUCGACUCAGAUCCAACCGCUUGUCUCCACCCAAUCCAAAGGGCUUUUCAGCAGUAGCUCCUUUGAGGUGGACUCCUUCAGUAGCAUAGCAAAUGGCUACUCCUCCUUCUGUACCAAGCCCACAGGAUCACGUCCAGAUUUAUCUGUCGGUCCGAAAAGUGGGGUUUAUGGGCAGAAACGCAGACAAGAUGAGUUGGUACUUUCUAAGGGAAAGAAGUCUGAACAAGAGUUUCUGGUCAAGUUAGAUCACGAAGGAGUAACUUCCCCAAAGACCAAGAACAGCAAGGCUCUGUUGCUGCGAGGUGGCUCUUCCGGUGUGAGUGCAAUGCCCAAGACGGAGGGUUACUCACAUCCGGUCCUCCUUGUUAAAGACAACAAAAAGGGUGACAACUCUAGGGUCGAACUCCUCCUGAAAGGAACGACACCGCAAAGAAAGCCGUCCCCAUCAUUGCAUCUUGGUGAAUAUGGAGACGUGGGCUUCAGUUCGCACAGAGAGUGUCAUAGCUCCUACUCUGAUAUGGAUGAUGAAGAGGAAGAAGAACAGGAGAGGAAAAGGGCUGCACUUGCGUUAGCUUCACAAGGUCUGAGGACAGCCGGGCAUUUCCUCUCUCAUCUCUCAGUUUCAUCCUCUUCUUCUGGUUCAUCCAGCUCCUCUUCAUCAGGCUCAAUAUCGAGCUCCAGCCUGUGUUCCUCGGACAAUGACUCUUCCUACAGCUCAGAGGAUGAGGAAAGUUCGACAUUAAUGCUACAGAACUGCUUGUCUCCUCACCGGGGACUCCUGCAACCCAGUGAACCCUCCACUUCCUCAAGGCAACAUUCAUUCGUGGCUAAAGCGUUGGCUGUUUCCAAUACCAAAGGAUCGCCUGAUGAACACGUCUCCAACAGUAAAUCUCUUAAGAGGAAAGACUGCAACGGUUCUAUUUCUAAGUCAUCGAGAGAAUUUGUGAAGAAACCGAGAACGCUACCAGAUGACAUGUCAUGUAUUCCAAGGCCCAAGAUGUCUGCAUUCCUUGUGGGCCGCCAGAUGUGGAGGUGGUCUGGCAGCCCUACACAGAGGCGAGGCCUAAAAGGUAAGGCCAAGAAGCUUUUCUACAAAGCCAUCGUGAGAGGGAAAGAAGCAGUGAAAGUGGGAGACUGUGCCGUGUUCCUCUCAGCAGGACGUCCUAACCUACCAUACAUUGGUAAAAUCGAGAACUUCUGGGAGUCUUGGACAUCAAGCAUGGUGGUCAAGGUUAAGUGGUUCUACCACCCUGAAGAGACCAAGCAAGGAAAGCGACAGCGAGACGGCACGCAUGCCCUCUACCAGUCAUGUCAUGAGGACGAAAACGAUGUCCAGACAAUCUCUCAUAAGUGCCAGGUAGUGAGUCAGGAAGAAUAUGAGAGUCUGACACGCAAUCCGAAGCCGAACAGUACCUCGCCAGACCUGUAUUACCUGGCUGGGACAUAUGACCCCACCACUGGGCAGCUGGUCACUGCUGAAGGGGUUUCAAUCUUGUGCUGAACACCUCUGUGAGGAAACUACUGAAGAAUUCCUCGGCCGGAAAUAUCAAAGUCCAGUACUUUACAUAGAAGACGCCCCCAGGUUGUAAAGUGACGUGUUGCUUGGUUUACGGCUGUCUGGGACUACACACUGGAGACCAUUGAUGUCUAAACCUACGUGGAAGAGGAGGAGACUUUGAAAACUUGGACCAUUUGAGUGGAAUGGCUGAACUCUGGGUCUUUUUGUGCAUCACAGCCAUUAAUAACUGGUGUUCCAUUGGUCUAAUGGUUCCAUAGGCCCAGCUUCUAUCAUGAGUCACCAAAACAGAGCUGGGCAAAGUACCACAAAGACCAUACUGGUCUCGAAGGACCAAUUAGAUUAAGAACGAACAAGUGAAAGCGAGACUUAGGACUCUCCCAAAGCCUCGUCAUUCCAGGGAAAUUAAAAAUGUGUGAAGUUGAUGUCUGUAAAUAUUUUGAAACUGAUCCAAACCAAGCCAUACACUUCAGUACCUCUCACCUGUCUUCAUUGUUCAGGUGUACAGAUUGUACAGAUGGAAUAUUGUAUUGUUGCCCGUUGUCGAUAUGUACAUAAAAACUAUUUUAUACAGGAUUAUAUUGUAUAUAUGAGAUUAUCUUUCCAUGUUUGCAAUUGAUUUAUUUUUAUAUGUGUAUAGAUUGUUGUUGGGUUUUUUUUCCUCCUUUCUUUCCUUUUGCUUUGAGAACUCAUGAUUGAAGAUGUUAUUGUUGCACUGCGUAUGCCCUGCUGAGACCGAAACAGACAGAGCACAAAGAUUGAAGGAUUUGGUGUACAACAGGGCAAGACUCGCUCUCGGAGAGAUUUGCAGUCGUCCUGUUUAAAAAAAAAAAAAAAAAAAAGGUCAAGUGGCUUUUUUUGUAAAUGUUCUGUUUUUUUAACUGUUCUUAAUUUUUCUUAACCUAUCAUUUUUUUAUUUAUGUUACCCUCAACUGGUUUUUCAGGCAGAUCCCAGCGGACUGCAAUCAUACGUAAUAAUUUAAGAUAUGAAUGACAUUUGUGUCAUCACUAAUCAUGUCCACGCAAAUGAAUUUAGAACAAGACUGGGUCUUCUAACAAUGUAAUUUAAUGUGCUACAUCCUAAAAACAUACCAAAGUGGCUUUAGUAUCUUUAUUUGAAUUUAUCAUGUGUAAAGCACCUGUAUUGAAUUUGAAUCAGAAAUCACUGAUAUCUUCUACAAUACUCCUCCACUGUGUGUAUUGGCUCUGCAUCGUGACAAUGGCUUCUUGCACAUGUACCCGCGGUUUUAUCUCGUGAAAAAGAAAAAAAAAC